CUGUAUCUUUCCAUGAAGUGAAUCGUACACAUUGUUUGUUGUCGAUCAAGAUGGAGUUCCUUUUGGGAAAUCCAUACAGUACUCCGGUGGGACAUUGUAUUGAGAGAGCCACUGAUGGCUCCCUUCAGAAUGAGGACUGGGCCCUCAAUAUGGAAAUAUGUGACAUCAUCAAUGAAACCGAGGAUGGGCCCAAGGAUGCCAUCAGGGCAAUGAAGAAGAGGCUGAACGGGAACAAGAACUACAGGGAGGUGAUGCUGGCACUCACCGUCCUGGAGACAUGUGUGAAGAACUGCGGGCAUCGUUUUCAUGCCCUCGUCACCAGCAGAGACUUCAUAGAUGGCGUGCUUGUAAAAAUCAUCUCCCCUAAAAACAACCCUCCCACUAUCGUACAAGACAAAGUGCUCGCCUUGAUCCAGGCGUGGGCUGACGCGUUCAGAAGUAGUCCAGACCUGACGGGUGUGGUCCAUAUCUAUGAGGAGCUGAAGAGGAAAGGCAUUGAGUUCCCCAUGUCUGACCUGGAGACCCUGUCUCCAAUCCACACUCCUCAACGACUGUCGACUGGCUCUGAGGUGAACCAAGCCACACUGAAGGCCACCGCCCCUCCCCCAGCCCAGCCUAUCCCCCACCAGCAGCCUCCUCCCCAUGCUGUCUCCACCCCACCCUUUGCAGCAUCUGUCCCUCCUACCUAUUCCGCACCUCAGGUCCCCAACCUCGGUGCCUCUGGGUCUAUCAACCCCUCACCUGACCAGAUUUGCCGGCUGCGCAGUGAGCUGGACAUUGUGCGUGGCAACACCAAGGUGAUGUCAGAGAUGCUGACAGAGAUGGUUCCUGGACAGGAGGACCCCUCGGACCACGAGCUCCUGCAGGAGCUGAACCGGACAUGCCGGGCCAUGCAGCAGAGGAUAGUGGAGCUCAUCUCCUGCGUGUCUAAUGAGGAGGUCACAGAGGAACUACUGCACGUCAACGAUGACCUCAACAACAUCUUCCUACGCUACGACAGGUACGAGAGGUUCCGGUCAGGCAGAGCAUCUCAGGGUAUCAACAAUGGGGUCCUCAGUGAGGCUACAGAGGACAACCUGAUAGACCUGGGCCCUGGCUCUCCUGCUGUCGUCAGCAACAUGGUCACCACCACUCCCCCGUCCAGCCUGCCCCCUUUCUACACCACCCCCGCUGCACGGCCUUCCUCACCUGCCUCCCUGGCCUCUCGGCUAGCCGGCCUUGAUGUGGGUGACAGUGUGAGCAGCACUCUGAGCUCUCUGCCCAGCUGUAAGCCUCAGGACGACUUUGACAUGUUCGCCCAGACCAGGACCGGAGCUCUGCCUCUGACCACCGAAACACUUGUGACAGCUCCUCUAGAAGACCUUAAUGCUGUAUGUGGAAUUGGGCUGCCUCUUCUGGAAGUCAGGCGGCAGCCUGCAGGAGGGAUUCCCGUUGGCCAAUCCUCUGUCAUGGAUGACAUAGAGGAGUGGCUGUGUACCGACUUGCAAGGAGAUGAGGGAGAAGAGGGGGUGACCAGUGAAGAGUUUGACAAGUUUCUGGAGGAGCGGGCGAAGGCAGCAGAGACGGUGCCCAGCCUCCCCUCGCCCCCUAGUGGUGACCCUGGUGCAACUACAAGCACACUCAAGAAGAAGGCUGAAAGACCAGAUGACGCCCUGUUCGCUUAGUACAGUGGUUUUCAAACCUCUCCUCUGGGACUCCCGGACGUUUCAAAAUUUAGUUUUAGCCCUGAACUAGCUGAGUUGAUUCACCUAUUCAAGGGCUUGAUGGUUAGUUGACAAGUUGAAUCAGGUGUGUUAGCUCUUGAAUAGUUCAAACGCAUGGAACGACUGUGGGUCCCAGAGGAGAGGUUUGAAAACCCCUCGCUUAGUAGACCUUUUAACCUUAACUUCUGACCUGGCCAGCGACCUCAGUCCCCAAACUUUUAUCUGUGACAAGCACACACACUUUCUCAUCCUCCCCCUCUGGUUCUCUCUACCUUCAAAACUAACCCUCUACUACCCAGCAAUGCAUUGAUUUACUACACUACAAAGGGAACCCCCGAUUUUGAUAUCCCCCCUCUUUCAGAAAGAGACCAGCUUAAUUCGGGAGAAGACCGCCUCGUUAUUCCAUAAUCAACAUUCCAUAUCUAACAGUUGAUGGUUUGGAACAGUAUCCAGCCUCUGAAGAACUGUGGAGUAUCAACAAGAACGGCCAUCUUUAUAAACCAGCAGCUCACCCUGUCCCGGGGCUGGUCUUCUUCUGAAGGGUAAUAUGAGACAUACCCAACCUACAGUACUACCCAUAUUCUGCUCCGUUAUGGCAGCAAGAAGCCAUCCCUAUCCUGUCGUCCCCUAAUCUACUGCAUGCAUUAUCAGAUCCAUCCAACCUUCAAUCCCUUGAAGGGUCGUCAAAGGGAAUUCAAUGAAAACUAGGUACAAUUAUUGUUAACCUUUUUUAUUGUAGGUCAGAUGGGGGAAGGUAGCGUUAAAAUAUGAUGAGAUAUAUUAAUGGGAAAUAUGCUGGAUCAUUGUAUGUUUUUACUAUGCGUUUAAUUCCUAGUCGAUAUUUUCUGUCUCCUGACUGGUUGUCUUAUUUCAUCAAUUUAACUUCAUGGUUUUGAGUGUGGCUUUGUUGUAUAACUGUAACAUAAUGACAUGUAGAAUCGCUGUGUGUAUAUUCAAUCAAGCAGAAUAAGGGAAAGAAAUGGUGGAUGACGGGAGAUCUGUUCUGAGGGCAUUGGAGCCUGUUACAGUAUGUCUACCUGGAUAUAACAUUUCACAGCCUUUACCCAAAAAGGGUAUCAAUAGAAAAGGGAAGUGGAAAUGUGAUUUGUCCACUACAGAAUUACACUACAGGGCAUUUUGCUUUCAAGGGAUGAAGUAUUUCUAGGGAUUGAUGCUAUCAUCUUAUCUACGUCUUUAGAGAUUGAUCUAUUUUACCAGUUUAGAAUUCUAGAAGAUUAUCUGGAAUGUUACUUUGGAGAUUUGAAAUACGAUUUCUGAUUUAUUUUCAGAUGAUGAAUUUCCAUUUGAUGUUUUUAAGUGAGACAACUAAAUAAUGAAUGUCACUUAAGAAAAUGCACUGUUAUGUUAAAUGAGGUGUUAUGUUUAUCUUAACAAAUGAGUAGUACCAUUUACCUGACAAUGAUUUUCUGUGUAUCCAUAUGCUGAAGGACCAGUACAGGUACAGUGCUGAUGGGAAAGCAUCGUCUAGAUGUCGUCAUGUGGCCUAAGCAUGAUUGCAUCACAUCCAUAGUGAAUGCACUACCGUAUCAUACUGUAAGAUUCAGUCAGGCGUAACACUGUAUCAGUCAGUCUGAGAAAGAUAACCGUUUCUUGUUAAAGCCCUGUUUUAGUAGUCUUCACUACAACCUGAACAGACUGAACAUUGUAUGUCUGGUAUUGAAUAAUAACAAUUUAUGGUCCAACGUUUUACAAAGUGGAUGUGGUAAAAUGAACCACAUGAAUAUCAUGAAGGAAAUAUAGGAAAGGGGAUCUGUUUGGUCUCUGGUUGGAGCGUCAAAUGUUGUUUAUUUUAUUGCUUGAUCACCUGGACUCUUAUGUACCAUGUCCUGUUAUUGUCUCUCGUUGGCUUGCUAGCUGUUCUGGCACUUCACUCCGAUGCUAGCCAGUUAGCUCAGUGGGCUAAUCCGCUGAUCGUGACGGUGCUGAAAAGAGGGAUAGGCUGAGUGAGAGACUCGCCAUUUAGAAAAAGUGACAUUCAUGUUUUCAGAAACGGUAACACUACUUACUAGUAUGAGCAAGAACAUUGAGUAUUGCAAACCGAGAUCUGUAUUCUCUUUCUUGAUGAUGAUAAUACACGUGCUGUUUCAUACAAUCACCAUGAAUUUAAAACAAUGUAACACUUGAUAGUCACUCACGACCUUAUUCUACCCUUAUUUUAUUGUUAAAAUAUCUAGUUGAGCGGGUUGGUAUACUUAACAUAUCUGUAAUCAAUGGAAAAUGUUGCAAAAUAUUGACAAGUGUAGGAAUAAUUUAUUUAUGAUUUUUUUCUGAUCUCUGUUUUUGAAAUUGUUUUAUUGUACAAAAGUAGAAUGACUUCUUCACGGGAGAGAUUAGGGUUUUUCAUGUUAAUUGUGUGUUAUUGCUGUUUUAUGGAGUUUGAUCAUUUCUUAUGCUGAUUCAAUGGUAAAGAUUAUGUAAAUGUUUCCAGAUGAAUUUCACUCUACAGUAACUUUUAAUGUCACUAUUUAUGACAAGUGUCCACUCUGAUUGGUUUGUUUGUUUGUAACUGUAAGCAAAGAACCCUAUUGAGUUAAAAAAAAAUCUAUGGAAUGAUGAACAAGCAGUACAUUGCUAAACGAAAGACUCUGAUAGAAAUGUUGACAUUGCACAUUAUUAAAAGGUUUUCCCAUCUCUCUGAAUGGAAUACUCUAAGUGUAUGUGUACAACUGUUGCCCUACGCUGAGACAGUAGCCCUGUACAUUUGAUGUAUUGGAGGAGUAAAAAAUAUAUUGCUGUGUGUGCAAUCCAAUAUGCAUAGUAUAAAAUGUAUAGCUUGAUAUUGGUCUGGCUUGCUCAGUGGAACUAUGGUUCUAUACAUGAUCUUGUAUAAUUUAAGGCAAAUAUAAAUAUUAGCUUGCCAGGUGGUCACCUCAACGCCUGCUCUUAUAAAGAAUAUGUGUGUAUGGUAAAACAUAAAGGGAUGUUUGUGUGUGCUGGCUGCUGCUGUUUCCUGACUAUCUAGCUCUAUAUUGUUUGACUCAUGCAUGUGUUGAACUCCAAUAAAAAAACUAUAGUAGUAUGUGA